AUGGGAGUGGGCGGCGAGCGGCAGCCGGGAGCCAGCGGGCGGAACCCGGCACAGCCCGGCGUGGGCGAGGGGUCACACCCGGCCGUCCCGACACUGCGAUGAGUCCCACUCCCGAGCUCUCGAUCCAGGAUGGGCAGCGCUGUGUCCAAACGCAAGACCCCGCGGAGCGAAGCCAUCUCCUCGGCUGAAUCCAAGGUCAGAGCAGCCCGAGCUUUUGGAGAAUACCUGUCGCAGAGUGAGGCUGGUACCAGCAGCACCAAAGUGCCAGAGCAUCUGGUGGCUGAGACGCCGAUAGGCGCAGACGAGCCAUCCCAGCUCCAGCUACCUGUGCAGAACAAGCGACGCUUGUCCACCAUCUCGCAGGGCAAGUUGGACCGGAGCUUCUCGGAGGAGGGAGCGGAGAAACCGGCUGAGGCCCAGAAGCCCCGGGUGUACACCAUCUCCGGGGAGAGCCAACUGAUGUCAGAGAGGGAGAACGAGGGCACGCGACCAGGCAAGGUGUGGCAGCAGGCGCCACAGGGACCUUGCAGCUCGCACGGCGCAGCCAGGAGCUGGUCUGGCAGUAAGCAGACCUCUAAGGACUGUCCCGGCUGCACCAAGGGUCCCGUCCCCACCCAGCAGACCUUUGACUUGGAUCAGGCACCGUCCCGUGAGCCUGCCCGACAUCGCAAGAAGCUGGAGCGGAUGUACAGUGUGGACAGGGUGUCUGAUGAUGUUCCAAUCCGGACUUGGUUUCCAAAGGAAAGCCUUUUCAGCUUUCAGACAGCCACUACCACGAUGCAGGCGAUAUCGGCUUUCCGAGGCUUCACAGAACGAAAGAGAAGAAAACGGGAGAAUGAGUGUGCCGCUGUGAUCCAGAGAAAUUUCCGCAAACACCUUCGAAUGGUUGGGAGUCGGAGAAUUAGAGUUCAGAGUUUCUCUGAGCGACAAGAGAAGAAUUUUGGUCGCUCCUGGAGUGACCCCACACCAGUGAAAUCUGAUCUGAUGUGCGACCCUCGUGAUAGUCAGGAGCUACAGAGCCUGUGCGUAGCUUUAGAUGAUGACUUUGAUGAUCUCAGCUGGGAGGCAGAGAAGGAGUUGGAGCUGCUGUCAUGCGAUGGCGAAGACUUUGUUCCACCCAAGAUUAUGCUUAUUUCGUCUAAGGUCCCCAAGGCAGAGUACAUCCCAACCAUUAUCCGCAGGGACGACCCCUCCGUUAUCCCCAUCCUCUAUGACCAUGAACAUGCUACAUUUGACGACAUCUUAGAGGAGAUUGAGAAAAAGCUGACCACCUAUCGCAGAGGCUGCAAGAUCUGGAAGCUGCUGAUCUUCUGUCAGGGCGGCCCUGGCCAUUUGUACCUGCUGAAGAACAAGGUCGCCACCUUUGCAAAAGUGGAGAAGGAAGAGGAUCUGAUUCUGUUUUGGAAGCGACUGAGCAGGAUGAUGAGUAAGAUCAACCCUGAGCCAAAUGUGAUCCACGUAAUGGGCUGUUACAUCCUGGGAAACCCCAACGGAGAAAAGCUUUUUCAGAGUCUGAAGAAUCUAAUGCGUCCUCACCGAAUAUCCUUCGAGUCUCCUUUGGAACUGUCAGCCCAAGGGAAGCGGAUGAUAGAAACGUACUUUGAUUUUCGUCUCUAUAGACUCUGGAAAUCCAGGCAGCACUCAAAGCUGCUGGACUAUGAUGACAUCUUGUGAGAAAAAGGAAGAUGGAAUUGGAAUAAUCAAUUGUAACUGCUCCUAUUGAGAAAGACAUCUCCUCAGUGCAGAUGAUGGAGUGUCUAUGAAGGGAUGGAGAAGUACCAGAAGACACCUCUGUUGUAUCUUAUUCAGAGGAAGAAAGGGUUAAUGGAAGUCCUGGUAAAAAAUGGAUCAGAGCGGUUAGGGGCUUUGCCUCUUUCAGCAGAUAAAGCAGGAGUCCGUAUUUUACUUUCUGCAGGGUGAGUCCGACCCAGGUCAAGACAGGAGAACUGGGGUUAAUUUUUUUCGUCCCACCCUCCUUAUGCAAAGAACGGGCUGCAGAGGUCAGCUGUUGGAAUCCUGGCAAAGCCAGAAGGUGCCAAACAAGAUUCCUUGAAGGUUCCGUGGGCUUGACUUGAAACGUGUGGGUCUGGAGCUCCCACUCACUGCUCCUGGGGACCUUCGGCCGAGGCCAAUUUUGUGGGGGAUAAGACAAUUGAAGGUUUUAUUAUUGAAUAUAGGUACAAUGGAUUUUUAAUUGAAUAGUGCUAAUUAUAUGAGUUAGUUAAUAAGAGUUUCUCAGUAGUUAGGAGGAUCUUUCAUCUAUUUGAGAGUGUGAUGCAGUGGGUUCCCAUUAACAUUUAGUUUACCACUCAAGCAGUGGCAAGCAAGAGCCAAUUUAAGGGUUCACAAAGUUGCAAAGUUGACUCUUCAGACAGAAACAUACAGAGGUACCUUUCUGUGAUGAAGUAAGCUUAUUGUCUUUACUUUGUUUAUUACACUCCUAACAUCUUUGUGUCUAUCAGAUGUGAUAGAGUUGUAGAAAAACAGUUAUGUGGGUUUUCUUGUGCUUUAAACAAAAAAGAUGUAAAAUUGGGAAGAGUCAACAAUGAAGUUGUUGGUAAAAUGGCAACAACUCGAUUGGUUAGAGCGUUAACAAUGAUAGGAGUUUGUUGUGAGGGCAGCCUUUCUCGGGUAAGCUUUAUCAGAUCCGUUAUGAACACCAACAGCAUUGCCUUCAUCUAAUUAGAGACACUGUGAUGAUCUUUGUUGUCCAAUUUUGAAUUCUGGAUUCAUCCCACUCCGAGGUAGCUCCAUUGCACUAGCGAAGGUCUGAAUAUGAACUGUUGACUUUUAUUGAUUGACUUACUGGUAUUGAUUGGAUUUAUAGAUUAUUUAUACUCAAUUCCAUUGCAUUGUCAUAGCAAAUAACAUUCUUAAAAUGGUUGUGUGGCAGAAUCAUGGAGGUGUUUUAUUGUUGUGACUUAGGCUAAGAUAUCUAGAUUAGGAGAUGUCCUUUAUUUAGGAUAUUAUUGUAAUCCAAGGGUUUCAUAACAGAAUAUUCUAGAAUGUGUUGCAUUGUAGUCUAGCCAAAUAGGGAGGAAACACUCAAACUUGAUUUUCAGUCAGCUACUUUUCAGGUAACUCUUUCAACUCUUGUGCUGGGUGUAAGAGCUGUAAUAUUGAAUUCUUCAUUAAUGUAAAAUACACUAAUAAUGAGGCUCAUCUCAAUAGCCAAAUUGUUACCUCUGUGUUAAAAGUUGGAGUGGGGGGAAGAGGAGGCACUCAAGACUUCAACCUUCCAAAACCCAAAGAAUUGCAGGUUUACUAGCACCAAAUAUAUUCUCCAAUCACAAUUUCCUCACUAUAAAUCCUUAAACUAUAGAAUACAUUAUUAUCAUGCAGAUAUGUGAUUGUACCAAAUGAUUUUAAUUUCACCAUUUAAUGCAACCAGCUCUUCAUUAAAAGAAUGUUCAGUUUAUGUAUUUUACAUAUAUGAUUCAACAAUUGAUAUGCUAGUAAAAUUUAGCAUCAUCAGUCACUAUUAGUCAGUGAACACGUUCUACAUGUACAGAUUGCAAACAAUUAACACAAGAACUGCACAUUAAUUAGGGAUAAGAAAGGCCAUUCAGCCCAUUUUGUGGUCGCUCCAGAAAUACUCCACCCUGUCCUGCUACAGUGCAGGGUUGGUUCUUUGAAUAAGUUCCAGGUUUUCAUUGUGGGAGAUCCAUUUAACAUGUCCGUGAUUCCUGUGGACUUUCUGUUAAUCAGUUUUGGGGCUGAGUUCCUUCAGUGACUCACCGUUGAAAUUUCAGAGUAGGAUCUGCAGGCAUCCUGGAGAAAUGGCCUGAAUGCUGGUUCCAUCCUUUUGCAGGGGUUUGGCACAGAUCUGUACCAACUGCUGAAAAAUGAAGGAACUACUGGAUCUGGGGUACAUACCCAGAAAUUCAGCAUUUUGAAUCUGCCUUUUCCUGGUUCCAAACAAUCCUGGUUUCUGAAACAAUCUCACAAUUCAAAUUAAAGUAAGGUCUGAAAAUGCAGACUGUUAACCGUCCCUCUGUUAGACCUUACAUUACUUUCCAUUUCAGCAACUCCAGUUAUGAGCUCUCCAUUGGGAGUCUGCCUUUAAAAUACGUCAUUUUCCUGCACCCAUUGGAAUGUUUCACAUGUUCUUGAUGACUACCAUCAUCAUCGUAUCAUUGUUAAGGUCAAACUGAGAACUGGGGCUUUGGUUCAACCUUUGCAUUACUUCAUUCGGCUAUAUAUCUUGCCCCACACAAGUUUACAUUUAAAAUCAGAACUUCAGGACCACUGAGGUUUCUCAGUAAUGCUUAUGUUUAAAACUGUAGUUACACUAUAUUCAUAAAAUUGAACACUUUCAUUGCUUUUUACAGCAAAAAUAGUGUGUACAAGGUUGAAGUUCACAUCAAACCGCUCAUUCAUUGUUGGUUGCACUGGGGAUGACUGACAGCUGUGACUGGAUUUCCACACAUAACUCCAUGCAUGUUAACACCAGAGGUUGCUGUCAGCUUCAGAGUAAAGACUCUGAGCCCUGAUGGUUUUGCCAUCACUACCACUGCAAACUCCAGACUAAAGUUAAGUUGUUUGAGGUGGCAGAAGUCUUUCUUUCUUGAUUGAACUAUUUUGGCUAAAGUGGAAGUCUCAUUUCUCCUGGUGCAUCUUUUAAAAUUUUUGUAAAAGAACUGGCUUAGUCUACGGGUGAUCAAGUAUUGCUCUGAAGACCCACAGUCUCUCAAUUGCCACUUAUAUGGCACGGGCAUUGGGAAUAUGGAUUACGAUCUUUGUGUGAUUGAUCAGUAGACAUGUAGUUGAACAUCGAUUGAUGGUUUAUAGCAGUGAAAAACUGAAUUAACUUGAUAACCCAGGGUCAGCAGAGUGUAGACAGGAGUCACUGUUGGUUUUGAUACACCAAUCACACUUGAUUCAUUUGGAGAAACGCUCAGCCAAGAAUAGGCUUCAGCAGGUGAAAAUCUUGUAUGAAUUUGGCCCUCACUGGCCAUUAGCGAUGGGGGAAAGGUCUCCAAAAAUAUACUGUGACCUUUUCCUCAUCCCUGUGCUUUCUUAAUGCAUUGUGGUUCACCUGGCUAAAUUACCUCCCAAAAAGCCCAAAGUCCCCAUUUUUGUGCAGGUUGGUGCUCUAUGGCAAUAAAGUAAAGCUCUGAUAAUCGGCACUGAUGGGACUUUGGGACUAGCAGAUUUUCUGGAUGAUAGGAUGUUACUCCUAUUACUACCCAAACACACCUUUAUUUCAUUUUGUUUCAUGUUACACAUAGUAUAAUAAAACUCCCAGUGUAAUGGGAGCAGGAAACAUACAAGCACUCCCCACCCUGGCUUUGACUCACAGUCCAGACCCCAGCUUUUCUCCAGAUCCCUGGCACUAGCCACACACUCCACCUGUACUCUAGACCCCUGGCUCACAUUCCGGACCAAUGAGUGAACCAAAUGUCGGACGAUCAGGAUUUCCAAACAAUCGGGUGCCGGAUUACCAGAGUUUUACUGCAGAUGGUAGCAGCAACUGUUCUAUUACCUGCUGAUGUUGCUUGUUAAAUACCUAUGCCCACCACCAUCAGUAGGGAGUGGAAGGAAACAGUCUGUCCCACAUAUGACAGCUCCUCAACUGAUUUCUCGGGUUGCUUAUAUAAUGUGAGAGAUGCUGGAUACAGUUAUUGUCGUGAUCCAUUACAGCUUUAUGGUUUAUUUAAAUGCAUUGGUGACAAAACGCCACAGUGAUGUGUCACCUGCCUACAUUAUAUUUUUAAUUGUCACCAGUGAAUGUAGCUGAAAGUGCCCUCUCGAGACACAACCCAGUUUUUCAAGAACAAAUUCUAUAAUUGUACUGCUUGGAGCUUUUCACCAGAGGUUCAGGGGACAGAUCACCUCCACUUCAAUCCCCCCUCCCGUGUUAUCCUUGAUGGUGCUUUCGUUGUUAAAGAUCCUGUGAUAUUCUUCAAUGUAACACCUGUGAUGAGUUAUAUAGAGGAUUAGUGAAGAUAGUUUCACCAGGCCGCAGUCCUAGUGUACUCUAUAUAAAUUAUUUUUCACAUGAGAUGUCUGAUAUGGCAAUAAUUAAGUUUAGGUUAGUGAUCAGUAAGUCUUUAAGCUUCAAUACAUUUAAAAUUGACUGGUUUUGACUGUACAAUAUCAUGAUGCAAAUUUUACUGGCUGCUUAAGGUAAAAAUGACAUGGCUGAGCUGAUAUCCCAGUCUAACCAGGGCAGGCCUUGUGUUAAUAUUAUUUGCAAGUUCAGCAGAUGAUAAAUCAUCUCAAUUACAUCGAAUCUCCGUUUACUCUUUUCCCAAACCCCCUAACUCCUGCUCCUGAAUCCUCCCCUCCCAUCCCAUUCCCAGCUAUUUUCAGGACUGAUCCAUAGGUGCAACCCAGUGAUUUCCUGCUGUAUAUCUCACAGAUUUCCGUGAUCAUUGCAUCAAGUGUCAUGUUUUCAUAUGAAGGGUUUGCAGAAUAAGAAUACCAAGAAUAAGUUAGAUCAAAUAUCAAGCUUUAUCAAUGAAGUAAAGCACUGAUUAAGAGCAUUGUGAAGCCCCAAAAUCAAAAUGGCAGAGCAUUAAAGGGAUCUAGGGUUGUGGUGGAGACGUGAAGGUUAAUGAUUAUGCAACUGCAAAACUGUAAAAACUAGAAGCAAAAGUAGGCCAUCCAACUCCUUGUCCCUGUUCCACUAUUCAAUAAGAUCAUUGGUGAUCUUUUACCUCUGGCCCUCUCAUUGAUCCCAUAUCUCUUAAUAUCCAAAAACCUAACGAUCUCUGUCGCUUUGUGAUGAAAAGUAAUGUGUCAAAAAUAAGUGGCCCUCAUGAGCCAUCUGGAUGCCGACAUAUGAACUGACCCUUCAGCCACAGUAAUGCACGUGAUCAGAAUAGUCUGUCCACUGACUGAGUUUCACUGUGCACAUCUUCAGCCUACCCUGAAUUUCUCUGUGUAAAAGCACUGUCUGGGAGGAAGCAUCUUAAAUGAUCAGUCACCAUCUCGCCACAUUGUGGCAAUUAUUUCAGCCCAAAUUGUAGCCAAGCAACGCUGAAGACUUAAGCUGAACAUCAGCCCAACUUAUUCUCUGCAAAGACAUUGCUUCUGCUCAGAGCAGAGUUGUUGCUUUCUCUGUAUGUGGGGAUAGAGCCUUUGACUCUCAAGAAUCCAAGCCGCAUAUCCAGACCUGGGAACACAAACCCUGAUUUUUCCUCAGUUUACACUUCAACAAGCUGGUUAUUUCAGGCAAAAUAUUUGGCAUGGUAAGGAUUCUGAAAUCUUGAUAUUCAGGAGAGGUUUAACUCAGCAGUGCUGGUUAGAAUAGUGGAUAGCCAUGGUUAUUGUACACUAUUUUGAUGCAGGGAAGGUUAGGAAAUCAUGAAACAUGAUGCAAAGCCAUUCAGAAAAGUUAGUAAUUCAACAAGGUCCUGGUGGAGUGUUGUUAUUUGGCAUAAUGCUAGUUAAAUUGGUUUGAUAUUUGGUGUGGUGCUGGUUGAAAGAGUUUGAUGUUUGGUGUGCUGCCAGUUAGUUUGAUUUUUGGAGUGUUACUGAUUAGCAGAGUUUAAUGUUCAGCACCGUACUGGUUGCACACGUUUGAUUGGCGUGGUGUUGGUUAGAACUGAUCAGAUCUCUUGUUUGAUCCUUUGCCACAUGUUGUGUCUGAACUUGUUUCAAUUUGCCUUUAUAUAGUCUGUACUGUUUCAUGAAAGCACAGAUUUUCUAUUUUAUCAAAGCGAAGUAACUCUGUUGAAAACUUGGAGCAAUAAGUUACAGUGCUGUGCGUGCAUCUUAAGAGAUGGCUCCCUCGCUCCCCCACACAGGCUGCACCCACACCAGCCCCACUACAUUUCACCUGUAUUGCUUCUACAAAGGGAUGGUAGCAAGGAUUCCAAUCCAGUUGACCAGGGGGAUGACUGGGAGUAGCCGUGAUUUGAAGGGCUGAGUGAGAGGCCGUUGGUUAGCUAAACUCUCAUUCAAAUCUUUGUCCCAGAUGGUGUUGGGAUUGUUAGCUCUCUGU